UUUUUUCAAUUCGUUUGCUUGACGUUCACUGACGUGAUUCCGCACACAGCACAUAGUCGAAUACGUUUCGCAAUAGAAAUAUCAAAAUUCUCCGUGUGGACUCAAUCUGGAUUGGAUGAAACACUAAAUUGCCAGUGUUUUCCCCUAGAUUUUCUAGCGACGCAAAAUUCUCAGUGCAACCCAAAAAAAAAGAAAGGAUAGUCUUCAACAACAAAAUCAACCAACCGACCAUCAUCGAUAAAAACAACAACAAGUCUCCCGGAGGAAGUGGCUCCAAAAUAUCCAGUGCAACAGCAGACGAUCUUCUCGGCAGGAUUGAGACCAAUAUGUUGUUAAAAGUGCCAUCUGUGGACUGGACGGAUCAAAUAAUUUACGUAGUGGACGACGACGAGUCGCUGUCAGACAUCGACGAUGAGCCAGAUUUUUCCGAAUACAUGUGGAUGGAAAACGAGGAGGAGUUCGACAAGAACGAACUGCAACGGCUGGAGGAGGAAGAGAUUAUGCAGGAGUGUUUUGAAGCCAUGAUAGAAGACGAGCUGGAGGAGCAGAUCAACGAAUGGGAGAAGGCCAAGACGGACGAGCAGAACACGGCACUUUCCGCACUUCCUAAGAGCCAGUGUGAUGUUGAAAAGUCUGUUCUAAAUCCAAUGGCUGAUGAGUUUGUUCCGCGUUGUCAUGUUAUAGAUUUCCCUGCCUCAUAAAGCCAGCCCAUACCUCCUGCCCGCCACAAAAUCACAAACCACCCCGAACCCGUACCACGUGGACCUCAUACGCGAAAAACCUUAGAUAAACUGAAGAUCCUUUGCUAAGACUCGACUAACAGAUUCCACUAAUGAGAUUGAGAUUGAUAUUCUGACCAAGUUGAGCCUGAUGGAGCAUUCGGAGCAGUGGCUCAGGAAUAUCUUAUUUCAAGAUACCAAAAUGCUGGAAAAAAAUCUAAAGAUACCAACAAACUCCAAUUGCAGGCGAACGAAAUGCAAACGAAUCAUAUUUUUAAAAAAAAAAAACGUUAUAAAAAAACAAAUGAACCACUGCAAAAAUACAAAAAAUAUGUUUAAAAGAAAAACCAACAAUGAAACAAAAACACAACUAAUACUAAGAACAGACAAAUAACAAAUUAACAACUAUGCCACGUACAUUAGAGUACAUUGAAAUUAGAGUUAAAACCGAAUUGUUUGCCGUCAAAUUCGGAGCCCCAGAAAUUCCGAACCCAAAAUGUUAUCGAGAAACGCAGACGCAGGCGCUUGCUGAAGCUAGUGAAAACUUUGGUAUUAACGUACAAAACGAAAACAAAUGACUUUUUACAAGCAACUAAAUCUAAACUACAACUAAACUAUGCCAAUUUCCAGCUAAAGCAACUGUAAGCAACAAACAAGACUCGAUUGUGUUAGAAACAAACAAAGAAACGAACAGAAUUUGUAGCCGUCAUGUCGUUAAAUUGAAAUUCUAUUCAAAGACUUUAAUCGUAGUUUAAAUUGUAAUUAAUUUAACGUCCCGCCCACUGUCUAAACUCGUUUUAAGUUGAUCAUCUUGUGAAAUAUACGUGUUUACUAUUUUUUUAAAAUAAUCCUUCACCAUUGUUAACUCGUUGUACGUUCUUACGCCCAAGUAACAAGAAGCGCUUGUUAACCUUCCCUUCUGACUCUCGCAAUAUUUGUAAUUUACCUACCAAUGUAAUCUAGUGAACUAAACGAAUUGAGAUACUAA